AUGAAGUCCCUAUACUUCGUCACCUUACUCAGUAUCGCGACUGGGCUAGGCCAGACGGCCGCUGCCGUGGCCCUCGAACCGCGCCAGUCCAGCACCAUCACUGUCAACCUCGACAAGACGUACCAAACCAUGGACGGCUUCGGCACAUCCGAAGCCUUCCAGCGUGCCCUCACCAUGAAAAAGCUCUCAGAGACCGAGCAGCGCAAAUUCCUCGACCUGCUCUUCAGCACCGAGACUGGCGCGGGCCUCACCAUCCUGCGUAACGGCAUCGGUUCCUCACCCGACAUGACAGACGACCACAUGGUCUCCAUCCAGCCGCGGAACCCCGGCGGACCCAACGCGGAACCGCAGUAUGUCUGGGACGGGUCGGAUAAUGGUCAGCUGUGGGUGUCAACCGAGGCGGCGAACACGUAUGGGGUUAAGACGUUUUAUGCGAAUGCGUGGAGCGCGCCGGGGUACAUGAAGACGAACGGGAACGAUGCAAAUGGGGGUAGUCUGUGUGGUGUAAGCGGAGCGACGUGCUCGAGUGGGGAUUGGAAACAGGCGUAUGCGAAUUAUUUGGCGCAGUAUAUCAAGUUUUAUGCUGAGGCGGGCGUGUCGAUUACCCAUGUUGGGUUUUUGAAUGAGCCAGAUUGGACCACCUCCUACGCCUCCAUGAGCUCCUCCGGCACGCAAGCUGCCGAUGUGAUCAAACUGCUCCGUCCAACCCUCGACAAAAACAACUUCACCUCAGUCCAAAUCACCUGCUGCGACACCAUGGGCUGGUCGACCAUGAACACCAUGCUCAACCAAAUGGGAGCCUCCACCCAAGCCUUGCUGGGAAUCGCCACAGGCCACAGCUACUCCUCCGGCCCGUCCGCUCCGCUAUCCACCACCCUCAAGACCUGGAUGACCGAAGGGGGCGAUAACAACGGUGCGUGGACGUCUGCGUGGUACGCCAACGGCGGCGCCGGCGAAGGCAUGACCUGGGCAAAUAACAUCUACUCGGCCAUCACCCAGGGGAAUGUCUCGGCGUAUUUGUACUGGAUUGGUGGGCAGGACCGGUCGAGCAACACCAACAGUAAACUGAUCCGUGUCGUCAACGGCCAGGUCGACCCGUCCAAGCGGUUGUGGGCGAUGGCUAACUGGAGCCGGUUUGUGAGGCCUGGAGCGAUCAGGGUGUCGUCUUCACUGGCAGGGGGGAGCGGUGUCAAGACGACGGCGUUUCUGAAUGCGAAUGGGACUGUCGCGGUUCAGGUGAUUAAUAGUGGUGGUGACCAGACUGUGUCCGUUGCUGUUGGGGGUGGCUUUGUUGUUGGGAGCGCAUCGGCGUGGGUGACGGAUAACACGCGGGACUGUGAUGAGGUGGAAGUAGCUGUUGGUGCGGAUGGGACGGUCACGGGAAAUGUGCCGUUCAGGAGCAUGGUCACAUUUUUGUUGCAGCCGGGGGAGGCAGGACGUGGGUUGUGA